AUGUGCAAAAAGGCUUCAUGCGACUCGUGCCACAAGGUCACUUGGUGGGGCUGUGGGAAACACGUUGCUGGUGUCAUGGAGAGCAUUCCAUCAGAUCAGUGGUGCACAUGCGUACCACGGAUCGAGCAAGAGGGACAGCAAUACCCGCCCAAGGGCUCUUUGUCUUCGGCAUGA